CAAAGAUUGGUAGAAUGAACGGAAAAAAGGCUUCAACUAUUGCAACAAAUGGAAAAAUUCCUGCUCCAAAAAGUGGAAACAAAAGCAAAGUUAAACAGGAGCCGGAUGUCUCAAUGGAAGACGCAGAGUCUACAGGAUCCGAAAGUGAUGUACCUCUUGCCCACAGGAGGAAGGCAAAAAGGAAAAGGGUCGACUCCAGCGACUCGGAAUAUGACGACAAGAAUACAGUAACAAAGAACGGUUCCAAAAAAUCAAUUAAAAAGGAGGAUAUUGAAAUGAAAGUACCCGUAUCUGAUGAAGACAUUCCAAUUGUUAAAAGGAAAGGCAAGACAAAUGGGAAAAAGACGACUAUAAUUAAAAAAGAGUCUGAAGAUUCCGAUAGUGAUGUCCCAUUGGCCAAACUAAAGUCUGGAAAAGGCAAAGCUGCGGAAAACAAGGCAAAAACAGGCACCGACAAAGAAGCUGAAGUUAAGCUAGAUAAAAAAUUACAAGUAAAGGCCAAGAGAAAACGAAAUGAUUCAGACUCCGAAGCUGACAAUAAAAAACAAACUGCUAAGACCGCUUCCAAAAAUGUAGCAAAUACCAAAAAAUCCGACACGCAACGCAAAAAGAAAAAGGAAGAUUCACCAGAUGAGAGUAUGUCUGCAAAGAAACGAGGGAAACAAAAAGUGAAGGAAGAAGAUUCUGAUAAUGAGGAAGACGAUGAAUUUAAAUGGUGGACCCAACAGAACGACAAUAAUGACGGAACCGAUAAAUGGACUACAUUGGAACACAACGGCGUAUACUUCCCACCACCAUAUGUUCCACAUAAAGUUAAAAUGAAAUAUGAUGGCAAAGAGGUUACUCUGGAACCUGAAGCUGAGGAAGUCGCCAGCUUUUAUGCUGCUAUGUUGGGUACCGAUUAUGUCACUAAUGAGACAUUUAAUAAAAAUUUCUUUAAGGACUGGGUUAAAGUCUUAAAGAAAUCUAAAAAUAAUCCCCCAAUCAGAGAUUUUGAAAAAUGUGAUUUCACUCCAAUUUAUGAAUAUUUCGAACAGGAAAAGGAACGAAAAAAGAAUAUGUCUAAGGAAGAAAAGGCAAAAUUAAAGGAAGAAAAAAUCAAAUUGGAAGAAAAGUAUGGGUUUUGCUUCUUAGAUGGACGUAAAGAGAAAGUCGGUAAUUUCCGCAUUGAACCUCCUGGUUUAUUCAGAGGGCGAGGUGCGCAUCCCAAAACUGGAUCUUUGAAAUUACGAGUUCAGCCCGAACAGGUAACAAUUAAUAUUGGUAAAGGUACCAAAAUUCCAUCACCACCGCAGGGUCAUAAAUGGGCAGGUGUCAUCCAUGAUCCCACAGUUACUUGGUUAGCUACCUGGAAGGAGAAUGUCAAUGAUAACAUUAAAUAUGUUUUCUUGGCUGCUAAUAGCUCUUUGAAGGGUUUAAGCGACAUGAAAAAAUUUGACAAGGCGCGCGAGUUAAAAAAACAUAUCGCUAAAAUCCGGAACGAUUAUCAAACAAAUCUACGACAUAAGAACACAGCCACACGCCAAAUGGCUACAGCUAUGUAUCUGAUUGAUCGUUUGGCUCUCAGAGCUGGUAAUGAGAAAGAUACGAAUGAAGAAGCCGAUACCGUUGGUUGCUGUUCCCUUCGUCCUGAACACGUAAAGCUUAUCCCUCCAAACACAGUUACAUUUGAUUUCUUGGGUAAAGAUUCUAUUAGAUAUAUCAACACAGUAGAAGUUGAAGACCAAGUUUUUAGAAAUCUUGCAAUCUUUAUGAAAGGAAAGGAUGAACCAGAUGACUUAAUAUUUGAUCGAAUAAAUACUCAGGAAUUAAAUAAGCAUUUGUCUUCAUAUAUGAAAGGACUUACAGCCAAAGUGUUUCGUACUUAUAAUGCGUCGUACACUUUUCAAAAGCAGUUAAAAGAAUUAACUAAAGGGGAUAACUCGAUAGCCGAAAAAACAUUUGCUUAUAAUCAAGCAAAUCGUCAAGUAGCUAUUCUUUGCAAUCAUCAACGGUCUGUUAGUAAAGCUCAUGGAAACCAAAUGAGCAAGAUUGAAGAUAAGAUAAAAGCUCUUAAAUAUCAACGUAUGAAACUUAAAAAAUCCAUAUUAACUUUGGAGCCGAGGUUAAAGAAGAAACGAUCCGACCUUCUCGAGGAAGAAUCUGAUCUUGAUGAAGAAUGGAUAAUUGAAUAUGAAAAACAAUUGAUGGAAAAAGAACGUGAAAAAGUUCAAAUUGAUCAAAAGGAGAAAGAACUUCAAAAAGAACGCACUUCUGGUAGAGUUGACCCAAAAAAAGGCUUAACUGUGGAUAAAGCAGAUGAAAAAAUCCAAACUUUGACUGCGAAAAUCAAAGAGACAAAACUUUUAAAGGAUGACAAAGAAUCAAAUAAGACUACGGCAUUAGGUACUUCUAAGAUUAAUUACAUUGACCCUCGUAUCUCUGCUGCUUGGUGUUUAAAGUAUAAAGUGCCUUAUGAAAAGAUUUUCAAUAAGAGUUUGCGUGACAAAUUCAAGUGGGCUAUGGACGUAGUUGAUGCGGAUUGGGAAUUUUAA